CAGCAACUCAGUUUUCCACCAGAAACAGAGAAACGAACAAGUCGCGAGGAUUCCUGCGUCGAACGGUGCAAGCAGGAGAAAAAGUAAAAGGAAAAGUGCCGGCCUACUUCCUGGCCACUGGUUUCUGUUCUAAUGUCAAUCUAACUAAAUCCUCAUCAGCGAAUUGUUCACGAAUAGGUGAUAAAAAAAGUCAACUGUGAUUGAACGGAUCUACCGACUGCUGAUCAGAAUGCUAGCGAUUAGAUGAAUAGUGAGUGAAGGAAGAAGUGGGUUAAUAAGCUAAACAGCUGCAGUAAUAAUAAUAAUAAUAAUAAUAAUAGUAUUAGAUAGUCAGAGAAAAGUGCCUGGAACAAAGUGAUGGAUUUCCAAAGGAUUAAGUCGAGAAGCCAAACGAAAUAUUGAUCACAAACGGGCAAGUUGGAGCUGAAGCCGAAGAAGGGGGUGUAGACGAGAAAAAUUGCAGUCGGUGGUGGCUUUCCGGCGAAUCCGAAAAAAAGGGCUUCGUGUGGUCUACUUAACCCGAACAGCUGGCCAGAACGUUCGAAAAUUGAUCCAUCGAAAGGGACACCGCCUGCGACCGCAGUAGGACUGCAUCCACCCGACCACCAGUCAUGCAAUUUGGCUGGGCGUACGAUGGGGUCAACGCUUCCGUGCCACGGAAUACCGGACCAGAGUGUGCCGAAUUCCUGACACCGAGCCGAAAGCUGCUGGAAACCGCAAUUCUCCUUCCACUCUGUUUUCUUGCAAUAAAACUAUCCAUCGCUCGGUUGAAGCCGAUCACGUUUCGGCGGAAUACAGCCUCGGUUGGAACCCCGCAGCAUCAGGGUAGUCCGCUAGGGUUUCGAAGUAGUAGCAUUAGUCAUCUAGCCGGUAGCAGCAAUCACAAUCUUCAGCAUCACUAUCAACGAAUCGGAGGUGGUGGCGGAGUGGGGCAUCACCUGGAACCGGAUCAUCGGGAGUUGCUGAUUCAGCAGCACCAUCACCGGCGGUCUUCUUCGGUGGAGUACUGUAGCUGCCACCGAUGCAGCAGCACGGUUCACAAUGCCGCCCUGGAGGGGGAAGCACCCAACUGGGUCAAGCAGAUGCUAUUGAUCACAAUGACACUGACGCUAGGCGUCGAACUAGGCUUUAAAUUCGCAACUAGGACUGUUAUCUACAUUUUAAAUCCUUGCCAUGUAACCACGUUGAUGCAGAUUUAUCUACUAGCUUGUAACAAACCGAGGAAGAGUACAACGGGGUUGUUCCGACUGCAGAUGAACUACCUGAACGGUCCGCUGUUGGCGUUCAUGUUUCCGGAAACGGACAGCCGACAGUUGCCACUUGAGGCGGCUAUUUACUGGAUUCAGCAUGCGCUGAUGUGUAUCAUACCGAUUUAUCUGAUGAGAACUGGAGGAGUUUACAACAUGGAAGCCAUGAGCGACUUCACCUGGAAUAUCAUAGGUUAUGCAAUAUGCAUCAUUUACCAUUUUGCCUUUCUGCAAAUAGUUGCCAUUCCAACGCAAGUCAACCUCAACCACAUGAUCUGCCCGGCGCUCAAGGAUCCCUUCGACGGUCCCAACUACCGUUCGGCAGCAGUCAUCCACGAGGCAGUACUGUGCACCAUACUCUGCAAGCUAGUCACCUUUCUGUUCAGUCCGCUGCCCCCGCCCAUCGUCACAAAUCCACCGUUCAUCAAAAAUGGCGGCUCGGUUUCGGAACAAUCCGUCAGCACCACCUCACCACUGGUCACAGGUUCCGGCACCGUUACGCAUCACUAUAUUUCCCGACCUUCCUCGCGACCCUCAUCCCGUUCGUCGUCACCGGCUAAGUCUGUUACGAUGCUGCAGGAAAACAAUAUUAUUAUCAAAACCAGCAAAAUUGACUAGUGGACCGUGAACAUCAGCGCCCCGGGCCGUUAUCAUCAUCAUCAUCCUCAUCAUCACACAAACACACGAGCGGAUUGUCGUGCACUAUAGGGCAAACCGUCAUUUUUUCCACCCUGGGGAAAGUAUGCCUGAGAUAGGUUCUGAGGUUGUUUUAAGUAUUUCAGACCGUUUGGCGGAUACUUUAUCGGUUCUAAUUUAAAUUUCCAAAAAAUGAAAAUUCUCAUUCGGAUUAGACUGGCCUGUUGGCGAUGUAGGAUAUCAUAUAGGAAACUAACAUACACAUUUACAUCAAAAAGCUUAGAAUUGACACAUACAAACAGUAAUAUUUAACAACAUAAACCAUAGAUUAAGUAUGAAUGAAGCUAAGUGGUGAUUCGUUGAUUACCUUUUUAACACUGAAGCAAACAAGAAUUCACGUAGUACAUUUCGACAUUUCAUACU